AUGCUGGAAAGUACUUAUAUCAAGGGCAGUGUCUUACAUGUGAUUCAAACCGAGAAAGGGUGUACUCAAUGUGAGAACCAUUAUUAUCCCAAAGACUUACUUUGCACUCCUUGUGAUUCAACUUGUUUGACGUGCACAAGCGACUCGCCUGAUUCUUGUACUUCAUGUGUUAAUAACUACUUUUUACUAAAUACAAAUUAUUGUAUGGAAUGCGACAACAACUGCCAAAGUGGGAAGUGUUCCAGUUAUGUUGGAUGCACUUUAUGUGAGGCCCACUACUAUCCAAACAAUUUUGGGUGUUCGGCCUGCGACUCGACCUGUUUGACUUGCAACGGCAGUUCCUCUCAAAACUGCUUAACGUGUGACGAAGGAAAAUUUUUAAUUAAUGGAAGGUGUUUGGAUUGCGAUGAAAAUUGUGAGACAAAUUUGUGUGUGAUUGGAGUUGGGUGUUCAUUGUGUAAAAAUCAGUUCUAUUUGAAUGGAAAAGCGCGUUUGGCGUGUAAUUCACAGUGUAAGACGUGUAAUGGCCCGAGUGGUGAUAAUUGCUUAACUUGUGAAGAAAAUUAUAAAUUGUUUAAUCAAAAGUGUUGUGACCAGAACUGUAAAGCAAGUGGAUGUGGACUUUCUGGAUGUCAAGAGUGUGAAGAGGGGUAUUACUUAUUAGAAGGAAGAUGCUAUCUUUGCAGUGCAAUUGAUAACUGCAAAAAUUGUUCGACAACUUCAAAAGUGUGUACAACGUGUAAUGAAAACUUUGAAGUUAAAGAGGGCGAAUGUCAGUGUGUAGAUACAAUGUUUCAAAGUACUCUAAACACGUGUAAUUAUUGUUAUACUGAAGUUGAUAAUUCUUGUCUUGUGGAAGUGAAAAUUACAAAGCAAAGUGUUUAA